GAAAGAGACUUUAUAUGCAAAGAAUGUGGUAAAUGUUUUAAAAGAUCGUCAACUCUAUCAACUCAUAUGUUAAUUCACAGUGAUACCAGACCCUAUCCUUGUCCAUAUUGUGGUAAACGAUUUCAUCAAAAAUCAGACAUGAAGAAACAUACUUAUGUCCACACAGGCGAAAAACCGCAUAAAUGUACAAUCUGUGGUAAAGCUUUCAGCCAAUCAUCAAAUCUUAUUACACAUAGUAGGAAGCAUUCGGGUUACAAACCAUUCUCGUGUUCACAAUGCUCCAGAACAUUUCAACGUAAAGUUGAUCUACGUCGACAUCAUGAA